UCACAGCAAAAACGAAUAUAAACUCCAAUUUUCAUCCAGACGAAGAAUUUAGACGAGAGAACGGAGAAGGGUGGGAGGAAAAAAGGAGAUUUAUUCAUUAAUUGGGAUUUUUUCUUUUGCCGAUAAAUUUGUAUUACUGAGCUAGAAUUGAUAUUAUUUGCAGAGAGAAUUUUUAUUUAUUUAUUUUUGGUCGGGGAGAGAAAGAAGGAUGAAGAUCACGGCGCUGUUGGUGCUGAAGGUCGGACCGGACGAGUCGAAGGAUCCGGUGAUAUUAGCCAACGCAACUGACGUCAGCAGUUUCGGAUUCUUCCAGAAAUCCAGCGUCAGAGAAUUCAUCGUCUUCGUCGGUCGGACCGUCGCCAAACGGACGCCUCCUGGCCAACGUCAAUCCGUCCAGCACGAAGAGUACAAGGUGCAUGCAUACAAUCGAAAUGGCUUAUGCGCACUGGGUUUUAUGGAUGAUCAUUAUCCUGUCCGAAGUUCCUUUUCACUGCUAAACCAGGUCUUGGAUGAGUAUCAGAAAAAUUUUGGUGAUGCAUGGAGAGCGGCUCAAGCUGAUAACACUCAAUCAUGGCCUUAUCUUGAUGGAGCUUUGUCCAAAUUCCAGGAUCCUGCCGAGGCUGACAAAUUGUUGAAAAUUCAGAGGGAGCUGGAUGAGACAAAAAUUAUCCUUCACAAAACUAUUGACAGUGUCCUAGAACGUGGUGAGAAGCUGGAUAGUUUGGUUGAGAAGAGCUCAGAUCUCAGCGCAGCUUCACAGAUGUUCUACAAGCAGGCAAAGAAAACUAAUCAGUGCUGUACGAUGUUGUAAAUCUUCUGAAGAUGAAGGGGCUGCUCAACCAUGUAUUUCACGCGCGUCUGAUAUUAUACAUAUAAGAAGUUGAUUGUUGUUUAUAUCAUUCAUCAGUCGUGGUCAAAUUGAAUGCCUUUUGUGCUUCCCCUUUGUUCCUUGGUUUUAUGGUUGAUGAAGAGGAAAUGAUUUGGAUUCUUAUAGGCCUAUUAUCGUCGUUCUUAUUACAGGAUGUCUUCUCAAUUACAAGUCAGGGUUUCUUUCAUGACCGACUAUUUCUAAUGCUGCCCGUCUAUUAAUACAUGAAUUUCAGUAUA